AUUUUUUCCUUAUUUUGCAAUAAGUAAUGUGUCCAGCUCGUUAAAACUAAUUGGUACGUAUUCGCAAUAUGUAUAAUUACAAUUGAGUUACUUACACACUCCUAAGCAUUCAUAACAACAUAAUCCGAUCCGGUAGCUCCAAAAUAAUAAAACCGGUGUGGGAUAGUAUAAUGGUACAUCCCCCAUAUUAAUUUUAGGAUUGCUAUAUCAGCAACAAGCAACGCAAAUAAAUAAUAAACUUAGAUACCAAGUACCACGUCAGCAGAAAUCAAGACGCAAACAGCAAGACAAAUAGAAGUCAUUGAAUGCAAUAUAUAUUCAAGCUCGACCGUGUCAGUGUCAAAAUACAAUUUCUCCAUUUAAAGCGGAUGUGCAAAGUGUGCAAGACAGAUUCAAGUUCGACGCUGUCUGUGUCAAAAUACUUUUUCACAAUUUAAAGCGGUGCAAGGAAGCUUAAAGAAAAAAAGACAAUUUUAAAAUGGGCGAAUCAACAAAAGACAAGCUACAUAUGGAGGUGCGCGAUUAUCAAUUGCGUUUAGUUGACUACAUAACCAAGCAUAAUGGAAUCAUAUAUUUGCCGACUGGUUCUGGUAAGACUUACGUGGCCAUCCUUGCGCUAAAGCGCUUUUCUCAGAACAUGGAUAGAUCAAUUGGGCAAGAUGGACAACGCGCACUGUUUAUUUGCAAUACAGUGGAGCUGGCGCGUCAACAGGCGGUGUUCGUGAGAAAAUGUACAAAUCUCAAAGUGGGCUUCUAUGUGGGCGAGCACGGCACGGAUGGCUGGAAUCGGUCAAAAUGGUCAGAGGAAAUAGAAAACCAUCAGGUAUUGGUGGGCACCGCCCAAGUUAUGCUCGAUUUGUUUCUGCAGAAGAACAUGGAGUUUAGCUCCGUGAGCAUUGUCAUCUUUGAUGAAUGUCAUCAUGGGACAGGCAAGCAUCCCUACCAUGAAAUGAUGCGUCUGUUUGAAUUGGCCGGACCGGGCGCUAAGCUGCCACGCAUUGUAGGCCUGACUGGUGUGCUCAUCAAGGGCAAUGAGAUAAAGCAGGUGGCCAGGAAACUCAAGGAGUUGGAGACAACAUAUCGAGGCAAUAUUGUGACAAUUUCGGACUCCAAAGAAAUGGAAAAUGUGAUGCUGUAUUCGACAAAGCCAAAGGAAAGCCUCGUUAGAUAUCCAUCAGUGGCACAAACCUUUGAAGUGGUAGAGCACAUACGCCGCUUGAUUAACAAUUUUUACAUGACGUUGGACAAACUGGAUAUAGGCACUCAGCCAGUGCGCUACUCCAAGAAUCUGAAGGCUCAGCGCGAUCCUAAUAAGAAGAACAGUUUGCGCACGUUGCUCAAUGACUUCGUGUGGCAGGUAGAUAAUUAUGGAAUAUAUGCGGGCUCCAUAGCCAUUGUAUCGGUGCUGGUGGAGUUUGAAAUCAAACGCCGUCAGGCCGAGACCAUUUCGCUGCGCAACAUGUAUCGUGGUGUUAUCCACCUGUGCGAGAAUAUUCGUCAUAUGUUGGUAAGAAAGCUGCGAGACAUGCUUGACGAAGAUUCGCAGCCGGAUGAUCAGCUAAAUACACAAGAAGUCAUCAUGAGCUUUUCCACGCCCAAAGUGCAAAUGUUUUUGGAAUAUUUGAAGGCCACCUUUGCCGGCAAGAAAGCAAAGGAUAUUUGCUGUCUGGUCUUUGUGACGCGACGCUAUACCUGCAAGUGUAUCUAUGGAAUACUGCUGAAUUUCAUAAAAUCUACGCCAGAGUUGCGCGAUGUGCUGGUGCCACAGUUUAUGGUGGGACGUAAUAGCAUAUUUCAAGAUUUCGAAUCAGUUUUGGAGCGACGUUGGCUCAAAUCUGCCAUACAAGAAUUUCGCGACGGCGAGGCAAAUCUUAUGGUCUGCUCCAGCGUACUGGAGGAGGGCAUCGAUGUGCAGGCCUGUAAUUACGUUAUUAUACUGGAUCCCAUCCAAACUUUCAAUAUGUAUGUGCAAACAAAGGGACGCGCCCGCUCCAAAGGUGCCAACUUUAUAUUAUUUUGCUCCGAGUUGGAAAAAGAGAAGACUAUCAUGCAAAUACAGCAAUAUCGAAACGCGCAUGAAGAAAUUCAACAAUACUUAAAAGAUCGUGUGAUAGAUCGAGCCGAACCGCAAAUGGAUGAGAUUUCACAGCACUUCCAAGAUACCUUGCCCCCAUUUGUCAAUGAGCAUGGUGCCACGCUCCUAUCCAGCAGCGCCUUAUCUUUGUUGCAUCGCUACUGCCAGCAAUUGCCGAUUGAUGCGUUUGGCAUUGUGUUGCCCUGGUUUAAACUACUCACGCUGGAGGAGCGCAAAGAGCUCAUAUCCAACGUGGAAAAAAAACACAUUGUUUCUGUAACGCUGCCGCUGAGCUCGCCGCUGCGCGAGACUAUAUAUAGUGAUCCCAUGUACAGUGCGAGGGAUGCCAAAAUUUCUGCGGCGUUUAAGACUUGCAUUAAACUCUACCAGCUGGGUGAACUUAACGAAUCCUUGUUGCCCACCACUUCUGUCGAUCGUGUGCAUGAAGUUGCCAAUGUGCAUUUUGAGCAUUGGAAGAAAUACGGCGACGAUGUUACGCUGAAGCGAGAUAAGCGCGAGCAAACUCAGGACAAUCACAAAACCUAUGCCACAAGCUGUCCAACGGAGUUCUACGAUGCCAUGCCGCGGGUGGGCAAACCAUGCUAUGCCUAUAAGAUCCAGCUGGAAUGCAAGUUUGAGCGUGAAGAUUAUACAGCGCAUAUGUACGAUGUAUUGCAUGGAAAAUGUACGUACGCUUUGCUGUUGCGUAAGCAAUUGCCACGAUUAGCGGAUAUGCCACUGUUUUGCCACCAAGGGGAGCUGCAUGUCCAUGUGGCAGAGCAGCCGCUGCAGCUGCAAUUGGAGACAGCAGCGCAGUUGGAGCAACUGCAGCAAUUUCAUGUAAUGAUCUUCAGGGAUAUACUGCGAAUUUGGCAGCCAUUCUUUGUGUUGGAUAAACGCAGCAAGGAGCAGUCUUAUCUGGUUGUGCCCUUGACAGCCGAUGGCAACUUGGAUUGGCCACUGAUUAAACAAUUUCCACGUUUGCCCACGCCCAACAAACCGACGGUGGCGCAGCGCAAAGCACAGGGUGCACCCAAGCCGGCCGACUAUGAAGGCACAGUUGUUACCCAAUGGUAUGCUAACUACGAGCAGAAGCGGAUGCUGGUCACAAAGGUGCACACCGAGCUGACGCCGCACAGCCUGAUGGCAGAGAGGCAACAGGAGCAGAGCUAUAUGGACUUCACUAUGUCCAAAUAUGGCCAGCACAUAGGCGAGAUAGCGUACCAGGAGCAAUGUAUGCUAGAGGUGCGCGAACUAUCCGAUCAGCUCAACUACUAUGUGCAGCAGCGCACCAAGACAUCCAAGCCGAGCAAGGCGCGCGCCAGAGUCAUGCUUAUACCCGAACUCUGCUUUAACUUUGGCUUUCCCGGCGAGCUCUGGGUGAAGCUGCUCUUUCUACCCAGCAUUUUGAGGCGUCUCUACUAUAUGCUGCAUGCGGAAAAACUGCGCGUGAAUAUUAACAAAUUCUUGGGCCUGCAACAGGCGCCUGUCAAUGCGAAAUAUAAACCGAAAAUGCUGGAGAUCGAUUGGUCACUGCGUCGGAAUGUGGAUCAUCAAGGCAAUGCGAUCCAAGAUGAUGACUUUGAGGAGCCGCGCUCUGUGCUGGAACCGCUGCCCACCAAGAGUAUUGAAAAGGCCAUGGAUAAGCUGCAAAUAACAGAUCUGGAAGUGCCCUGGCAGACCUAUAUGGAGCCACUGGACAUUGAGCGCAACAUUUUGAGCACAUAUCCCGUAGAGUUGACCUAUUACUAUAACUUUACCAACGGCCAGCUAAUGGAUCUGGAGAAACUCGAACUGGAGGAUAAAGAACUUUGGUCGCAAACACAAUUCCAAAUGCGUCCAGGCAAAAUUUAUAGCAGCCAAUGUCAGCCCCAAACAGCGUUGCCCGCAUUGUUGCCCUCCAGCGGCAUACGUGAGCCGCACAAGGUGCAGCUAUCCGUCCUGCAGCGCAGCAUUUCCAGUGCUCACAUCACAGCCGCGGAGCAGAGCGAUUUUCUGGCAGCUAUUACCAAUGCUGGGAGCGUGGACGUCUUUGACAUGGAGCGCUUUGAGCUGCUUGGCGAUAGUUUUCUCAAAUUUAGCGCCACAUUAUAUUUGGCCGAUAGGUACUCCAGCUGGAACGAGGGCGUACUUACGCAGGUCAAAUCCACACUCGUAUCGAAUCGCAAUUUGUUGUACUGCCUGAGCGAUACGGACAUACCCAGUCGCAUAUGCAGCAGCAUCUUUAUGCCCAAGUAUACGUGGAUGCCGCCCAGUAUUAGCUUGCCAUAUAAUGUGCUUGGACUGUGGGAGGAAAAGCCUGAGCUGGCGGCGUUGGUGGGACCGCAUAACUUGCGCAACCUGGACUUGAACGAUCAGGAGAUCUACGAACUGGGCAACUGUACACCGGACCGGCUUAGCAGCUUUGUGGAUAACUGCAAGACGAAUCAGAAUUCGCAUUAUGCGCACAUGGAUUUUGCCAGCGAAGUUAACUUUUGCGUGGGUCAGGUAAAGAUGCCCAAUAAGCUGCUGGCUGAUACGCUGGAAGCGCUGCUGGGCGUGGUGGUAAAGAACUAUGGGCUGCAUAAUGGCUUCCGUAUGCUGGAAUACUUUAACAUCUGCAAGCCGGAUGUAAUAGGCAAGCCGCUGACAAAGUUGCUGGAUCUGCAGCUGGGUGGCGCACACAUGCGCACAAACAUUUCACAGCGGGAGGUGGACGCUUUUCUCAUCAAUCACGCUGCUCUGGAGCAGAAUUUGGGCUACAAGUUCAAGGAUCGCGCCUACUUACUGCAGGCUUUAACCCAUCCUUCGAAUCCCACAAAUAGGAUAACAGGCUGUUAUCAGGAGCUUGAAUUUAUAGGCGAUGCCAUACUAGAUUUUCUUAUUUCCGCUUAUAUAUUUGAGCACAAGAGGCGCAUGACGCCAGGUCAGCUGACAGACCUGCGCAGCGCUUUGGUUAACAACGCCACCUUGGCCUGCAUUUGUGUGCGUCAUCGCUUUCACUUUUUCAUACUCGCCGAGAAUGCGUUGCUGUCCGAAUCCAUACAGAAGUUCGUACAGUUCCAGGAGUCGCAGGGGCAUCGUGUUACCAACCAGGUGCGCAUACUUAUGGAUGAGCGUGAUGUGCAGUCGGAGCCGCUGGACUCGGAUGAUGAAAUGGAGCUAGAUGAGGUAUCCAAGGCACGUAGCAAUGCCAUUACUGAUGGGGAAACCAUACACGUUGGUGAUUACAAUUUAUCAGCGAAUGUAGAUGUGCCGAAGGCUUUGGGCGACGUCCUGGAAGCGCUCAUAGCUGCUGUCUAUUUGGACUCGCGUGAUUUGCACACCACCUGGCAGGUGGUCUAUAACCUCUUUGAGCCCGAACUGCUGGAAUUCUCUCGCAAUGUGCCAUUGAAUCCCAUACGUCAGCUGAACGAGCAUAAAGUGGCCAAAGCAACCUAUGGACCACCUUUGGUGGACAACGACACUGUCAUGGUGGCCUGCCAGUUCAUCUGCAUGGAGAAGACUAUCAAAGUCUAUGGCUUUGGCACCAAUAAAAAGCAGGCCAAGCUCUCGGCCGCCAAGCAUGCGCUCCAAAAGCUCGCCAAGUGCGAAGCCUGAUGUCCACGCUUUUGAAUUUAUAUAUCAAGUACUAUGAUUAACUUUUUUUUACUAUACGUCUAAUUGAAUCUAUUCCGAAUUGAAAAAAUGUACAAAUCUAAUUCGUUUAUAAUUAUAGUAUGUUCUGCUCGACUUGGAAUUGUAUAUUUUUUCUAUGAAGAAUAAUUUCAAUUGUGCUCU